ACUCUGUAAAAACCACCUUACUGGUGUUUUGUUGAGAUUGCCAGCUUGAAGCAGUAUACCUAUGUCUGUUUUAUCGCUCGCACGUGGUGCACCUGCGACCACGAGUGGGUUAACCCUGCCUCUCCGGCUAACAACAGAACACAGGGAGGAAAAGGAAGCUUAAAUGAGUGAGUGGCAGGGGGUAGAAAGGAGGAGGAGGAGGAGGAGGAAGGGGAGGAGUGGCAGACUGUUAGAGUGAAUUAAUUCAACCUCAGCCAGCUCUGAUUGACUGUGUAGCAAACUGGCAUGUACAAAUAUUCCCCGUGACACCAAAAUCAUGGAGAGGGAGAAGAGGAAUGACACGUCCUUCUCCAGAAAGAGAAGUUUCACUUUUGGGGCAUAUGGCGGUGUGGACAGAUUCACGUGUGGGGAUGAGACGAGACCGGAAUCUGGAAAAGAGAAGAUACUGGACAUUCUGGACUCUCCCACAAGUGGCAGCAAGUCUGUCGUUUCUUCCAGCUGCAGUCAGCGGGACACAGAGCUGUUUGAAAUUAUCGAGAAGCUGCAAGGCAGCAGGAUCGAUGAGCAGCGCUGUGUAUUCCCACUGCCCCUGAAGUCUCAGCUUUUGACCGUAGGUGCAGACCUGCCCCUCAUCCUCCCCUCAGAGUCAGGAGGCUAUUGGAUUGACCCCCCGCUGGAGAGGCUUGCAGAUGUGAGUCCUCCUUCCUCCCACCGUGAACUCCACGUGGAGAACUAUGACAUCAUGGAAAGGGACGGCGAAGCCAAAACCUACCAGGAGUUUUUUCGCUUUCGGUACCACCAUUCAUUCACAGCUGCAGACCCAUAUUUGGGGCCACUGGUUCUUUCUGUGUGCUUGGAGGAAGAGGAAAAUAAGAUAAGAGUAAUACUAAGGAUGAAGGAGUGCUCUCUGCACGGAGUUUUCUCUGUGUCCCUUUUUCCCAACAUCCCUUCAGCCGUUGAGUUAGCAAAGAUGCUCUGUGACAAAGUGUCCGUCCCAAAGUUUAAUGUGGUCUGCUAUCUCAAGGCUCCAGACCUCAUAACUGCCUUUGAUGAACACAGAGUGUCUCCUAAUUUUAAGUUUGGUGUCUUAUACCAAAAAGAGGGGCAGCUCACUGAGGAGGACAUAUUGAGCAACAGAGAGGAAAGUGAAGAAUUUAAAGAGUUCCUGUCAAUCCUGGGAGAUACGGUUCAGCUGCAGGGAUUCACAGGAUUCAGAGGAGGUCUGGAUGUGUGUCACGCUCAGACAGGAAGUGAAGCCGUCUACACUUCCUUUCAUGGAAGAGAAAUCAUGUUCCAUGUUUCAACAAAGUUGCCUUACACAGACGGAGACCCGCAGCAACUGCAAAGAAAAAGACACAUUGGUAAUGAUAUAGUAGCUUUGGUCUACCAGGAAGGCAACACCCCUUUUCUAUGUGACGUUAUCAAGUCUCACUUCCUGCACAGUUUUCUGGUGGUGCGAAGGAUUCAGAGGGAGGAGAAAGGAGGGACGGCCUACCAAGUGUCUGUAACAGCCAGAGACGACGUUCCUCCGUUUGGACCGGUCAUCCCUGAUCCCCCCCUCUUCACAGAACAUUGUCAGCUGAGAGAAUUUCUCCUCACCAAGCUCAUCAAUGCAGAAAUUUCCUGCUACAAGGCUGAGCAGUUCAACAAACUGGAGCUUCGAACGCGCUUGUCGCUCCUGGAGAGCUUGAAGACUGAACUUUUCACCCGUUCCCAGUGCAUGAUGGGGGAUUCAUCGUUGGCUCCAGCCUCCACUUCUGAGGGUGUGCGUGGAGGCUCUGAAGGAAGUGGUGGCUUUAUUGAAAAUUUUAAGAGGGCCAUCCGAGUGCGGAGCCACUCAUUUGAAACUCUGGGGGUGCCCAGGAAGAUCUCUGGAAACUCGUCACAGAAGCCUAAGGUGGAUAAAGAUGGAGAAAGUGACAAAUCUGCAGGACUUCCAUCUGACAGUUUGGGGGCUGUUGAACUGAAAGAUCAUGCAAGUCCUCAAGAGGAGAUGUGAAGGAAUCUACCAACCUGUAGAUAUUUUAAAUAUCAUGACACUACUAGCGUUUAUUGUUAUAACUGAAUUAUUGACUUGAAUACUACAUGUACAUAGAGUAAUAAAAUAGUUUUUCAGAGAGUUUAAUUAUUUUAAGAUCAUAAUAGACUGUGCAGAAAGUUCUAAAAAAGUUAAGCUUCAUCAGAGUAAAACGUUUGACCCAAAAAAAACCUGCCAGGGGGUUUUGAUGUUUCUGUGAUGCGGUACAUAUACUGAGACUGAAACAGAAGAGUCAGUACAAUAGCAUAUUCUAUAACAAUGAAGACCGUUUAUUGUGUUAGACCUAAUUCUGAUGAAAAAUAAAAUUCAUCUUGAUAUUUCUCAAA